AUGAACUCUUCUUGCCAGCCCCCGUGCGGUCGUCCAACCAGCAUCGACGAAAUUGGUCUGGUCUGUCAGACUAUCUUCCAUAAAGGUUUAGGCGGUCACAUCUCAUUUGAGCCUCUAACGGUCGAACGAUGGUUGUCUGAACCCCAUGUCAGCAAUUGGCGGGGUGGUUGGACUUUGGCAUUCCACAACAUCACAACCUUCCCAUACUAUUUCGCCCACCAGCCUUUCCAGGAGGCACAUUCCCUCUCCGCACCUCUCAAGAAGAUGGCACUGUGGGGCUUUCUAUCCGCUGUUGCCAUCUAUGGUACUCUUGUAGUUGCAAUACCGACAAUCACAUUCCCUCUAAACUCCCAAGUACCACCUGUUGCUCGAAUCUCCGAACUCUUCUCCUACUCGUUCUCAAUCUCGACCUUCUCAUCGACUCUUCCGAUAACGUACACACUUUCCAAUGGGCCUAGCUGGCUGUCUCUGGACAGCAGCACACGUACUUUGUCGGGAACGCCGUCCAUCGAGGCUGCUGGUGCAGGAGGAGUCACCGGAGUUUCCAUAGCCAUCACUGCGAGUGACUCGUCUGGUUCAAUCACACAAAAUGCUACACUAGUUGUUUCCAAGAAUCCAGCACCGAUCCUCAGUAUCCCACUUUCAGUACAAUUGCAAAUAUCAACAGCUUUCUCGGCACCCUCGAUCUUACUCUACCAUCCUUCAACUCCAUUUACCAUUCAUUUCCAGCCUGACACAUUCUCGGGUUCAGACCUCAUCUACUACGCUAUUACUGUCGACAAUACGCCUUUACCGUCGUGGAUAGCAUUUGAUGAGAGUUCUUUGACGUUCACUGGUCAGACCCCCGACUAUCACUCCCUCAUACAGCCACCGCAGACUUUUGGUAUACAAUUGAUUGCGUCGGAUGUUGAAGGAUUUAGUGGAGCAGCAAUGAAUUUUGAUAUUAAGGUUGGGGUGCACCUUCUGGCUUUCAAGAAUGCAGCUUUGGUCAUCAAUGCAGCAGCUGGUGAUGCCGUCAACUUCGAUGGUCUUGCUGGAAAUCUCGAGAUCGAUGAACGAACCGCCAAUGACUCAAAAAUUGCCUCGUUAUCCGCGGAUGCACCUCCUUGGUUGGCUUUUGACAAUUCCACUUUCUCUCUGAGUGGAAUCGUCCCAGCUGAUGCAACACCUUACAACAUCACAGUUCUGGCAACAGACAUAUAUGGAGACACUGCGAAUGCAAUCGUUUUUCUUGAUAUCUCUACAUCGUUGUUCCGCAACGAAAUUGGAACGCUAAAUGCAACGAUUGGGAAGUCAUUUACUUAUGAUUUAAGUAUCUAUCUCCGUGACAAGUCAGACGUCGAGAUCACUGCACAGAUCUCUCCUGCGGAACCUUGGCUGUCGUUUGAUUCUCAAACAUUUGAUCUUGCUGGCCAGGUCCCGCUGAUUGCAAAGCCACCAUCCAUCGCGAUCACCUUGCUAGCAACCUCAAAGUCAUCAACUAAGUCUAGCUCUCAAACCUUCCAGCUCGAUCUUGUCACUACAACUAGCCAAGCGUCACCCUCGGCAUCGGCUCCAUCACGAACAUCGACCCCGCCUAGCACAUCUCAAACGGGAAAUUCGACGAAAUUGCCAGCUUUUUCCAAAAAGCCGCUGAGUAGAAAGAUUAUUCUGGCGAUUGUCAUGCCAAUUGUUUUGCUGCUCCUUUGCAUACUUCUAGCAUUGUUCUGCUACGUCAGGCGAAGACGCGAAGCAAGAAGGUGCUCACCAACUCUAUCCAAAAGUGAAAUAUCAGGGCCUACCGAAGCUAGCUCAAGUAUCAUGGAGAUAGUACCCCCGACUUACAUUGCUCCACCGCCACCGCUUGAACUAGACAUGAGUGGAUUUGGAGGCGAUACCAGCUCGAUCGUCACCAGAGAGCAGCAAACUAGCCUAACAAGGCAGAAAAAACAAGAUAUACGGAGGUCCCAAACUCUGUCUGAUAUAUCUGGGACGCAGCGAUCUCAAUGCCAAGAGUCCAAUGAAUCUGAGAAUAGAGCUCGGUCGUAUUCAGAAAAUGCCGCAUCUAAGGCCGACGGUAGCUGGAGGUCCACCCAAGGUAGCUUGUAUCCGACUGAGGGAUCCUCUAGAACGGAUUCGACAAACACUCAAAGGCUUUCCCGAAACUAUUCCAACUAUUCGAGGAAAGGCCACACAAGACGCUCAGCGAAGGUCUACUCUACCAGCAACUUUCUCCCUUUACCGGAUGUUACUCCUUCUGGUCCGCCGGUUGAAGAGUCUAUCUUGAAUUUGCGGGAUAGCAACUUCUCAUUUGCGCCUAUGGAAAGAUUUUCCGUUGUUAAAAAGCAUGCGAGCUUUCGUCAAAUGUCUGAGCAAUCAUUCGUUAGCAAUAGACUCAGCCGCACAAAAUCGACAAGGAGGCAAUCCAGAUUCAUGCCCAUGCUAAGUCAGCGCUCGAGCGGAAUUGGACACGGUGGCGGGAGGGACGCUAUUUCUUCGUUGUCUGAAAACAGUGAGAAACGCCGCAGUGCUGGACACGGACAAGACUGGACAUUAGGCCAAGGAAUUGCAAGAAAUUCGAAAACAUGGCUGACGACAGGUUCGUCAGAGGCAGAUGAGCUGAAUCGGAGAAGCACAGUCAGUGCUUUAUCCGAAUAUGCAGAUAUGAAGCCAGAAGAUGUCAUACGACUUAGCACUAUUCGGCAAGUGACCAAAAGCCCGUCGAUACCACUUGCGGGUCACCCCUCAGCGAGCAGCGAACAUUCUCGACGUUCAAGGCCUGUGAGCAGACGGCUUGACUCGUCACCAUUCUUCGGCGGUUCGGCAUCCAGGAAAUCGAAAUCUCGACGAUCACCGAAGAAGGCGAGAACUACGUACGCGGAUUCUCCGACUGUUCCUGAAGAAGCUACCAUGGCCGGAAACUUGGAGACUGUCCCCCAAGGCCCAGGACAGGAGAAUGAGGAUUUGCCUCGGGACUCGUUUGGCAUCUCCUAUGGAAUGGCUCGCGAGGGAACACGGCAACUAAAGUCUUAUGUUCAAAGCCACCUGUCACGGAGCAGGACAAGAAGCAGUAUGAAAUCCACCGAGUCAAAAGAUAGCAGGUUCGAAUCAGCGAGUGGAUCAUUGAUGUCAUUGCACCAAUUCCAGGCUCAGAAACAACCAGAGAGCCGAGGCGAUGAUGAUGGUUACGAAGAUUUUCUCCGGGACGAUUACUCGGAUGGAGAAGGCAGUUGGGAAACGCAGCACAGUCCUCAGGAUAACCAAGGCAACGCUAACGCUGGAGAUGUGGCUGAAGUCAACGCUGUUGCAGCGCAAGCGAUGUCCAAGCCAAGCUUCAUCCCAAGCGCCAGGAUUUCAAACUCGAAACCCAAUUCCCCGAUGCUGGAUAUCGAACCGAACAUGAGGAUGGUCCCCGGUGCUUCGAGGAGGCCAAUCAGUGUUGAUGCGAAAGCAAACAAGAGAUCGAGCAGGGCGAAGAUUGAGCGAGGAGAAUUAGAUUAUGCAGCUUAUAUAUGA